CUAAAUCAUCCAGGUGAGAAGUGAAAGACGAUCUGUGUUUGUGUGUCGUUGCUUCCUGAGUGAUCCAUUUUCCAUCCAAACGGCUCAGGUUCUGCAGCACUCCAUGUCAACCCCCUCGUCUUCCUUGGUGCAAAUCAUUGACACAAUUGAAAUGGGGGAUAUUGUUGUUGGCCGAAUCUCUACUUCACCCAUUAACUCAAGGGAACAUCCUUUUGAGUUAAGCAACACAAAAAGAGGAGAGAGCUGGAUGCUUUAAGGCAGAUCCAGAGCUCUGCUGCACCAGAACCUCGGAGCUGCUUCUCAUAUUCACUAAUAAACGUUCUUGUCUUUCACACUGACGUGAAUUCAUCCAAGAUGCUCGUAGAUGAGAGGAUAGUAACUCUCUUCAAGCGGAAUGCCCAUCACACCUUGACUUACUGGAGCCUUUUCUUCAGUUUUGGCCUCUGCAUUGCUUUUCUUGGACCUACCAUUCUGGACCUGCAGUGUCAGACCAACUCCACGCUCAAUCAGAUUACUUGGGUAUUCUUUGCCCAGCAGUUCUGCCUGUUGGUUGGCAGCUCCGUUGGUGGAGUCUUCAGGAGAUCGUUGUUCAGUGCUCUGGCUGCCCUCUUUGUCUCUGCGCUGGUCAUCUCUGUGAUAUUCGCCAUCAUCCCUGCGUGUAGCAAUGUCCUCGUGCUGGCCAUCGCCAUGGCCGUGUCGGGUUUCGCAAUGGGUAUUAUUGACACCAUUGCUAACAUUCAGCUGGUGGCCAUCUAUCAGAAGGACUCUGCUAUCUUUUUACAGGCUCUGCAUUUUUUUAUCGGGUUCGGUGCCCUGGUGAGCCCGCUGAUUGCAGAUCCUUUCCUCUCUGAGACCGGCUGUGGGAAUCACACAGGGAACCAGACUGAGAUCGUACAUCACUUCAGGAACAUGCUGAGAAACAGUCCAAUUGCAGAGCACAACAUAACUCAGAGCCACCUGCCCCACGAGGGAGGGGAGAAGGAAGAGUCCAUUGUGCAGUACGCCUUCUGGAUCAUGGCACUUAUUAAUCUUCCUGUGCCUCUAGCUGUACUGUUUCUCAUGUAUCGGGAGCAGCUGAUCCCGUGUUGCCCCAGCAGCAUGCCACGGCUGUUGGACAAGGAUGAACUAGCCAUGGAGAGCCAGCAGGGGAACGAGGCCCCAGACGUGGAGCAGAAGGAGCACGAAGCUGCAGGUCAUGGGAGUAUCUUCAGCUGCUGUCAGAAUGAUAACCUGCGUGGGCUGCCCGCAUCCUUCUUUAUGAUACACGUCCUCGGAGGGAUGGUGCUCUUUAUGACCGAUGGCAUCGUGGGUGCAUAUGCUGGCUUUGUGUACACCUACGCUGUAGCACCACCAAUGUCGUUGCCUAAUAAGACGGCCGGUUACCUGGCGAGUGUCUUUUGGGCAGCAAUCACAGCUGGACGUCUCCUGUCCAUACCUCUCUCCUACCGUUUCCAACCUGUGAGGCUGCUCGUGGUCAACCUGGCUGGAGCCAUCGUCACUGUGCUGAUGUUGUUGAUUUUCUACACCAGCAGCGUCUUUCUGUUUGUUGGAACCUGUUUAUGUGGACUGUUCCUCAGCAGCGUAUUCCCCUGCAUGCUUGCCUAUACUGAAGACAUCCUUGAGUACCAGGGAUGUGCAACCUCAGUCCUGGUGACCAGUGCAGGGAUGGGAGAGAUGGUGAUGCAGGUUCUGGUUGGCUCAAUUAUUCAGACUGAAGGCAGCUACAGCUUCCUGUUGUGUGGAGUGAUAAUCGCCUGCAUCGGGUUUAUUCUCUUCGUUGGUCUCCUGCUGUUCCAUCGAACGCACAGAAAUUACCUCACAGGAACGUCAAAAAAAUCUGCGAUGGCGGAGGAACCGGCAGCGGAGCAGAACGGGUCGGCCAAAACAGAACAAACGGAGCACAAAGAGGACAAAGAAGCCAGCUGAGAGGGAUCUCUGACUGCAUCUUCGAUCAUUUAUUAUUGUGGUCAAAAGUUUAUUUGUCUGACUUUUUCUGUUUUUGUAAAUUACAAGAAACGUUCAUCAAAUUGUUUAUUAGUGUUCUGCUUUAUUUGGUGCGAGUGGGAGAACUUUACGGCACAAGGAAAGGACAUAUUGGUUGUGUUUUCACACGUGUGUAUACAUGUAUCGUGCUAUUUUCACACAGUAACUCAGAAGUUUGUUUUCUUUGCUGUAAAAAUGAAAUAUUCAUCAUAUUUGAAAUCUGUGGAAAAUAUGGAGGGAAGAACUUUGUACCCAGAAGUCGGUCUCAGAAUCAAGUUAAAACAUCAAACAGCCAUCCAGCCUUCAAAGGGUUUACAGUCAAUCUAAUUUCUCGUCUCUUUGACAGGAUGGGUUUCACGGCGAGCUCAUUAUGAUGGCUUUGUUUCCCUUUAACCUUCACAUGGUUUUCCAGAGUUGGGCCAUUUCCUAUAAAAAUGUAAAGCUCAGGAAAACAGCGGUCACAAGAAAUGUGAUCAAGCGUUUUAUCACAUUUGCAACGCCUGCUGAAGCAAAGAAGAGAAACACGUUUGAAACAAUUAUACACAGUCACUCGGCAUGUUCUGACUAAUCGUAAACCUGGAGUCUGUGGAUGUUUGCCAUCUUUAACUGGGAGCUUCUAUUUUGUAAUAGCUCACUCACUGGCUCAGGCUAAUGGCUUCCGGCUCCCUAAUGACCCUUUCUGAGAAGAAUAAAGGCAGAAAUAACAAGUACUUUGGAGAAUGGCACAAAUGUGAACUGUCCCAACGUAAGCCUCCUACCAUUUCCGUGUAAAGCAUAAUGAGACGGUUCACACUGCCUCUCAGCCAAGAGAGUGAACUCCUUCACAGCUUAGCCUCAGAGCAGACAUGUGCAAUGUCCAAAAGGGUCCAUUUUUCACCAUCUACAUGGACCAACAUAGUGACCUUUCAUCUACGGCAGGGGUGUCCAAUCCUGGUCCUCGAGGGCCGGUAUCCAGCAUGUUUUCGUUUUAACCUGCUUCAACACACCGGAUUUCAAUCAGCAGGUGAUUAACAGGCUUCUGCAGAGCCUGAUAAGCUGCUGCAUAAGUGACUCAACCAGCUAAUCAAGCGUGUUGAAGCAGAAAAACCACAAAACCUGCUGGUUACCGGCCCUCCAGGACCAGGAUUGGACACCCCUGAUCUACGGCAUAAAUCCACUUUCUAUUUGGCCUUCUAAAUCCAGAAGGCUCUGCUCAGAGCGUGUUGACAUUCCAUGAAGACAAAACAUUCAAAUAGACACUCUGUCCCACUCUCUGCUCAGAAGCCAGACAACAUUCUUCACUCUGAAUAAGUGAAGACUCCACGAUUUUAUAGUUAUAAGUUAAAUAAUCAUACGUGAUGAAUGAACAAGAUGUUUAAAUCAAAUGUUUGAAUAAUCUGUGCUUAAAUCAAUGAAUUUCAAAUGAAUAUUGUUCUUACAAUGAUCCACUGCGUGGUGGCGCAGUUGUCAGCACUGUUGCCUCGCAGCACGAAGGUUGCAGGUUCGAAACUCGGCUGUGGCCUUUCUGCGCGGAGUUGCGUGUUCUCCCCGUGCAUGCGUGGGUUUCCUCCGGGCACUCUGGUUUCCCGCCCAGAUCACAACGUGCCCUAUAGGUUAUAAAUUGUACGUCGCUUUGGAUAAAAGCGUCUGCCAAAUAAAUAAACAUAAACAUUACAAAUCA